AUGGCUGGCAAAGCGCACAGGCUCAGUGCUGAGGAGAGGGACCAGCUGCUGCCAAACCUGAGGGCCGUGGGGUGGAACGAGCUGGAAGGUCGAGAUGCCAUCUUCAAGCAGUUCCAUUUCAAAGACUUCAACCGGGCUUUUGGCUUCAUGACCAGGGUGGCCCUGCAGGCUGAGAAGCUGGACCACCAUCCUGAAUGGUUCAACGUGUACAACAAGGUCCACAUCACCCUGAGCACCCACGAGUGUGCAGGCCUGUCGGAGCGGGACAUAAACCUGGCCAGCUUCAUCGAACAAGUAGCGGUGUCCAUGACCUAG